AUGUACUGCAAACCUAGUAAACGGCUGAACCCCCAGCAUCGCAAGAACAAAUACCAGCAGACUGCCUUUAAGGCAGGGCAGGUGGAGGCCAACAAAAAGCGGCGCGAUGCUUUUUACCGGAACAACCCGCAGUUCGCGCCGAAGGCUGACCUCACCGCGCCCGCGCUCCCCACUAAUCCCGGAGACGGAAUCACAGCACCGCCUCGCAGGACUGCAAACAACAGCGGGAAUGGCCAGCCAGUCUCCAAUCAGCACGCGAGCGCCGACGCUGCGACAGCUGAACCAGUGACUGAACCUUCAAACACAGCUCCCCGCCCACGGAUGCGCCGCAAUGCGAAGUCUGCACCGGCCGCUGAGUUCUCUCCACGGGUCACGCGAGGGCGCGCAGCGAUUCAACAACCAGCUGCCGCUGUCUUAAACCCCGGCCCUGUCCCUCCUGUACCGUCGGUCCGAGAGAAGGCAUCCGCACGAAAUCCAAGGGCGUCGCCGCAUCGUCCCAUUGCCAGGACGGGAGCAUUGCCCCGUGGCGAUGUGGAAGGCCAGCGCGCUGUCGCCCCACCACCGGCAUUGUCAGCUGCAGCGUCGACAGCAGCGCCCCGGCCGCCCGGCACAAGGAAGCGGAAUGCGGCCGCUCAGCCGGCGAAGAAGGUUCCCGUGGUGCCCGCUGACCCGCAAGACCCUCAACAAGAACCUCGAACUCUCCACGAUACACCUAGACCUCCUUCACCUCGUCGGACGCGCCUUCAAGAACGGCGUAAUCAAGAACCGGUGUCGUUGCCGAUACGCAAAGCCGUUAAAGAGUGCGGCGUGGCUUCUACUACACAGGUUUCGGCAAAACCGAAUCGGGUUAGCGGGAAGGAAAAUCAGCGGCACAAGCGCGCCGACCAGGAACAACCCACUGGGAUAGAAACAUCGUCCUUGCCAGUCGACCGCGUCGAUCCGGCAAAAGUGUCACGUCGUGCAGGACGGGAGCCCGGUCUGGUCGGCGACGUCGCAAAGGUUGUCCCGGCUGUGCAAAACUCUGCGGAAGAUCGUGUGUUGGCCCAAGCGCGACGCUCACCGCGGCCCACGGUGGGAACGGAGUUGAACGAAGAAGCCCAGCACGAUCUUCUACGGAUGUGUGCUCCAGCAUAUGUCGUUAACACGGGCGAAUUGUUUUCCGACAUGAAUGUGAAGCGGCUGCGGAAAGUCUCAGAGGGUUCCUAUAGCGAUGUCUUCAGUGGGCGUCGGGGCAAUGAAACGCUGAUACUGAAGAUUGUCCCAGUGGACGGGGUUUUCGUGAGAGAAGAGAAGCACGAGAAUCAACUGCAGACAGCGGACCUGCUUGCAGAAGUUCAGAUUUCGUUUAAACUCUCCGCUGACCUGCUCUCCCCCCGCGGCACCCACUUUGCGCCAAUAUUCAUACGGACUCAUUUCGUGACUUUGGCCCAAGGCCCAUACCCCAAAGAGUGCCGCAGACCGUAUAAGAACUUCGCGUCGCUAUAUCCUGACCGUGCCAUCAAUCAAGACCCAGAAACCUAUCCUCGGGACCAGCAGUACGUCGUUAUAGCGUUAGAGAAAGGCGGAGUCGACUUGGAAGGGUUUGAGUUUGAUAGCAUCCGGCAAAUUCUCUCCGUCUUUCGCCAGCUGGUGAUUGGAAUCGCCAUAGCCGAGGAUAAGAUGCAGCUGGAGCAUCGAGAUCUCCACCUUUCGAAUAUCCUCGUUAACAAGACCAGUAAAAUCUUUGUGGAUUUUAAGAGUGAGGGAAAUCGGUACCGGAUUCCCACCGAUGGCGUCCAAGUCCGCGUCAUAGAUUGGACUAUUUCGCGGUUAAAUGACGGAGAGAAGAUAUUCUUUAAAGAUCUGUCGACGGACCCGGCAAUCUUUGAAGGGGAGGAAGGUCAUGCGCAGUCUGAGGUCUACCGCAAGAUGCGGACGGCUACCGGAGAAGACUGGAUGGGAUUCCAUCCUAGUACCAAUAAGAUCUGGUUGGAAUACAUCCACCAAGUACUGGUCGUACUGAGUGAUGGGGAGAAGGUGUCAGCCGCUAAAGAACAACCCGACCGGACCGCUCAGAAGCAGCUGAUAGGGGUGACGCCUCUCUGGCCGACCGUCACAUCGGCCGCCGAUUUGGUGACGAAAGCUGCCAAGGUUUUCAAAGAAGUUACGGUGAUUCGUUGA